AUGCCCGUGGACGAUCUGCUGGAAUGGGCAGCAGAGACGAGCCGCCAUGGCUCAGGACGACCCAGUACGUAUACGUCAAAUAAAUCCACAGACGAACCUCCCUCGUACACAGAAUAUCGGUCAGUGGUUAAUCGACCUCCAUCACCGGCUCCAAGAAAAGGUCGUCUGGCAAGAUGGCAGGACGUGGGCCACUGCGCCGCAGCUUGUUCCGGCCGCUGUAGUGUGCAUGCUGCGGAGCAGGAACAACAAGAGGCGCUCCACGCUGGAGAUAGCUCUCUUCGAGGUGUGGCGGAGGCGUUGCAGACACAACACAGGAGGCAUCGUGGUAAUGGACGACCCAAAUUUCAGAGGAAUGACAGCAGUCAGAAUUCGCAUCGGAGCUCGAGUCCAAUGCCCAGGACAUCUGCAGGAAAACAGCGGAAAAGUCGACUUGAUCUGGCACGGGAGGCGCUCCUUAAUGGUAAUGUGACAGUUGCACGCGCGAUCGUGGCGCAGGAGCUGGAACGGCUGGGUAUCGCUGAAGACAAAUGA